UGGCAUUGCAAGCUAAAUAUGUGAUACCCUAAAUUAUAGGGUGUCAAGGAGGAGAAUGUUAAGCAUUAAAAAUUAAUUGUGCAUGAGUGAAAGAGUGAAUGUGUUUUUCAAGCUGAGAAAGCAGCCUUGAGAGCAGGAAGAUAAGAAGAACAAACAAACCAUCGACAAGCAGAACAGACACCUUGUCUCCCUGUCUCAGGAUGUUUCAAAUUAAAGUAACUCCUAACUACCCAUCCAUCCAUCUGCAUACCUAAGCCAUGAGAUAUGUGACUAGAAUCAGCUCAAUGACAACAAAGUGAUUGGCUGAGUGGGUUGAAAGGGGGUACCACAGCAGUCUGCCUAAACUAAGUAUAUAAAAAGACAGUGAAGACUGGGCCCUGACGACGCUGUAUGCCAUCCACAUCCUACCGGGAGAAAACUGCCGGCAUUCCUCUCAUAAGAUUGUGUCCAGAGGCACUAUGUCUAGCCAUUGUGACUGACCCUGAGCGCCAGUGGAUUGGCCGCAAUUUCAAUGAACAAGCCCUCUAAUGAGGAUAAAAAGUUGCUACAAAUGUCAAAGAAGGAAAUGCACCAGAAAGAAAACAAGCUAGAAACGGAAAAGAAAGCUGUACCUCGGAUACUAUUUCCAGAUUCAUACCUCUUUAAGCGCUGGGGCACAGAUCUAACAGAAGACCAACAGACCAAAGCCCAGGAGUUAUUUACUAAAUACGGGUAUAAUGUGUAUCUCAGUGACCAACUUCCCCUAGAUCGACCAAUUCGAGACACCAGAUAUGCCAGCUGUAAAAAAAAAUCCUACCCCAAAGACCUCCCAACGCUUAGUGUCAUCCUGAUAUUUAUGAACGAAGCAGUGUCAAUCAUCUUGCGCGCUAUCACCAGUAUAAUUAACCGAACACCUUCUCACUUGCUGAAAGAAAUUAUACUGGUAGAUGAUCAUAGCUCAAAUGAGGACUUACUAGGACUCUUGGAUGAAAAGAUAAGAAAUUACAAUGCAAAAUAUCCCGGGCUGUUGAAAAUUGUGAGGCAUCAGAAAAGAGAAGGCCUCACACAAGCCCGGAUUUCUGGCUGGAAAGCAUCCAGCGCAGAUGUUGUUGCCAUCCUGGAUGCCCAUAUUGAAGUAAAUGUUGCAUGGGCUGAACCUAUUCUGUCUCGAAUAAAGGAAGACCGUACUGUUAUAAUAUCCCCGGUGUUUGACAAUAUCCGCUUUGAUGAUUUUGACAUUUUUGAAUAUUCUGUGGCUGCAGAUGGAUUUGACUGGGCCAUGUGGUGCCUCUAUGAGGCAUUACCAGAAGAAUGGUAUAAGCUCAAAGAUGAUACAGCUCCAGUUCGAAGUCCUUCUAUCAUGGGCAUACUUGCUGCGCAUAGAGAAUUUCUGGGUGAGAUUGGGGUACUGGAUGGUGGAAUGCAUAUAUAUGGAGGAGAGAAUGUAGAACUGGGCUUACGGGCUUGGCAGUGUGGGGGGAAGGUUGAAGUCUUGCCCUGUUCAAGAAUUGCUCACUUGGAAAGGGCUCACAAACCCUACUUGCUGGACCUGAGUAUUGCCAUGAGACGUAAUGCACUGAGAGUGGCAGAAGUCUGGAUGGACGACUAUAAGAACAUGGUCUACUUUGCAUGGAACCUUCCUAUCGAGAAUCAUGGAAUAGACUAUGGAGAUGUUACUUCCAGAAAGGAGCUAAGAAAAAAGCUGAACUGUAAAAGCUUUGAUUGGUACAUAAAAAAUGUUUAUCCCAAUUUAGUACCUAUGAACACCAUUGUUGGCUACGGAACAAUCAAAAAUACUCUGAAGGAGGACAUUUGUAUAGAUCAAGGCCCUGUCCCUGGAAAUACUCCAAUAAUGUAUGGAUGCCAUGGAUACUCACCACAGCAUGUGUUUUAUCACAGCACAGGAGAAAUAUAUGUAGGGGGCUUAAAAGCACGACGCAAUGCAGUUGAUCGAUGCCUAUCUGACCCUGGCACAGGCGACUUGCCAUUUUUAGAUCAAUGUGACGAAGCGAUUAAUAAAGGAUUGAAUAUGUACUGGGAUUUUGAGCAGGGAUCAUCCAUCAUCAACAGGAAAACUAAAAGAUGCCUUGAAAUUUUAAGGGAUGAAACAGCAUCAUAUUACACACUUGUGAUGAAGGCUUGUACUGGACAAAAGUGGACCAUUCAACACACAGUUAAGGACUGGGGCAGGAAAGAUGCUCUCAGAUAGCCACAAAAAAGUCAGAAUGCAAAGUAUGGACUUGACAGUGUGUCUACAGGAGGAAGCUAACAUGCAGGCAGGUAGGCUGUGGAGUCAUAGUGCACUCACUAUUGCCACACUAGGUCCUCAUGUGGGCAUUCUUAGUGCAUCCUCUGACCAUCACACUUUAACCAUAAAGCCACAGGUCAGGUAUUAUCUUAUCCUCUGUCCAUGCCUCUCUUGUGCCUUUCUGGAAGCCUGGAGCUGCCACCAAGAAACUAGUCCCACCCACCACUCACUGCAUACAGUAAAUAUAUCAGAAGAAUUUUAACAAUGCCUUCACCCAACAGUUAGCCAGUUUAGGCAGCUUAGAGGAGGGCUGAGCACAUACCCUCUCCCAUGAUGGUGAGAAGUUGAGAUAUAGGGACAUGUGCUCCGGACUGCUUUAAGCCUUCAGUACUGCCCUACUUCUGAGUUUGGGGUGGUGUGGAGCAGGAUAGAGUGGGUUGGACUUGUUUCUCAGCAGUGGUCCCAUUCUUGGCAAAGAGACACUACUAGAGACAUAGCCUUAAUGUGAGGCACUUGACUCCAGAGAUCGAUUUGCUGUGUGUUGUUUCCUACCUCUCCUGGUUAUGGUGAUGAGAAAAUGUUUUGUUCAAAUAAAAAAUAUCCACACUCCUUCACUUCUAGUACAACAGGGCUUACGUCUGACCCCAUCUACUUGACAGUUUUAUUAUCCCCAUUGUCUAAGAUGAGGGGAUGCCUUCUGACCUGGGGACAACUAAAACUGGGUCUGUGCAGCACUGCAGGCAAGUUAGUUAGCAUAGGAGCAGGCAGGCAUUGUCACACAGAUCUGCUGACUAGUCCACUUGCCACACCACACAGGAAGCAACUGCACUCCUUUCAGUUUAGAAGGAAGCCUCCGCAGAGCAGCAUGAUAUGUCUGAGGAUACUGGUGCUGGGCAAGGUGAAUUUGUCAGGUAGAGUGGCCUCAAGACAAAUUGAUAGUUUUGGGGAGUGCACUGCUUCUAAGGUUUCAUUUUCAGCUUUGGGUUAAGUGGAUUGACUCUAGCUCUUACACUAGAGCUCUUACACUAAUCACUUUUAUUCUCUUUAAUCACUUGUCUCUUACACUAAUCACUUUUAUUGCCUGUAAUUUUUUUGUCAGUCUAAACACCUAUAGAAUCACAAUGUAGAGACUGUCAAUUUGAUGUCGUUCCAUGGUCAGUACAAUGUAACAUGCUUGUUUUUUAUUUAAUAUGAAAUGCAUUCUUAGUCAGCUUUGACUUGAACCUAAUCUACAUUUAUGCACAAGUGGGGUUGUGUCUUUGUGCCUCCAAAUAUCUUAGGGAAACUUUGUGUGAACAAUUUGGCUCUGUCUGAAUAUUCAGGAGCAGAAAUGGAAGAGUCUACUUUUCAGGUACCAGAUUCAACACAGGAAGAUCUGACCCACUGUGUUCUUCUCUGGAAAGAAGUUUUUAAAAUAGUACAUUUGAACGCAGACAGAAGGUCAAAUCCACUGAUUUUAAUGACAAAAAAUGUUUACUGUUCUUGGUCAGCCAGAAGCUAAGGCAGCACAGAAAAGGGCAGCUGCUUUCUCAUUAUUCUUUUCUGUCAAAAUAAUUGUUUACUGAAGUCCAAAGACUUACUUUUUGCUGCCAACCUGUAGAGGACUAUGAUAUUGCAUCACAAGGAACCUAAUUUGGCCUGCAGAAUCUUCUUUACUGGUGACUUCAGUUGAGAAGAACAUUUUCAUUGAAGCAGCUUUCUAUCAUAAAUUGUCAUUUUUGACAGAACCAAAACGGUUCAUAAGAUGGUAUCAAUUUUGGUUUGGAAGAAGAAUGGAAGAUGUAUUAACAGGAUAAAAAAUGAUUUUAAAGUUUUAAUUUUCCAUUUUAAAACAGCUUUGUUUCAAAGUUUACUUAAUAUAAAAAGUGCCAAUGGUAAAAACUGAAAUGAAAUGUUUCUAAUGUAUUAAAAUGAAUUAAAAAAAUUAUAUUAAAAAAAUGGCAAACUUUG